CCAUACCAUUUACUGUUACUCCCAUUUUUGCUAAACGUACACUACUCCCCUCACCACCCCUCAAAUAACAAACUACACACACUCCUAUAUCGAAAGCAACUCCCCUUAACCCCCACAUUUAGUAACUACUAAUAAAGACCGAACAGAACAGAACAUUAUUAUUAAUUCACUCUUAUAUUCAUAAGUUGGUCUUUUUCUCAUUUACAAAAAGCAGCCAAAACGGGUCUACCUUUGUGGAUGCUUGGCCUCGGCGUUGAACGCUUGCGAGCCGAUAUGAAUCGCUUGCUCGCGUUACUCUUCCAUCAGGGAGUAUUGGACGAGCAAUUUUUGCAGCUGCAACAGCUACAAGAUGAGUCCUCACCCAAUUUCGUCUCUGAAGUUGUGAACAUCUACUUCCAAGAGUCCGAAAAGCUCUUACGAAAUCUCAGAUCUUUGCUAAUGGACAGAGAGUUUUCGGACUACAAGAAAAUGGGAGUGCAUUUGAAUCAGUUCAUAGGAAGCAGCUCAAGCAUUGGUGCAAAAAGAGUCAGAAAUGUCUGUGUCGCCUUUCGUGUUGCUUCAGAGCAGAAUAACCGACUUGGAUGUUUGAGAGCUUUAGAGUUGCUUGAGCAUGAAUACUGCUAUCUCAAGAACAAACUUCAUGAACUUUUCCAGAUAGAGCAGCAAAGGCUGCUAGCAGCUGCAGUCAGGUACCCAGUGCAGCAGCACUAAGACAAAACAGCAAACAAAGUGGAGGCAAAUGAGAUAUCGCCAAAAUUAGACCUUUUGUUUUUGUUCUAUCAUUUAGCUAUAGGCUGGUCGGGCCCUUCCGUGGACAGCAGGCCUUUAGUGCAGCUGCUUUUUUUCUUCUUCUUCUAACUUAUGAGAUAUGGAGGGGGAAAUGGACUUAAGCUAGGACUCAUGUUGUGGUAGUUUUUGAAUGAAGUGUGUGUAAAUUGUGAUUCUGGAAUUUAAGUUUGGAGAUUCUGCUUUAAUGACUUCCCU